CGCACUUUAAAAUUUUGAUUUUUGUUGAACAAAACUUUUAGAAUUUUUGAAAAUUUUCUAAUUCAAAUUUUUAAUUUUAAUGUUUGAUCUGAUUUAAACUAAGAUGGUUCUAAAACAAAUGAAAAUAGACUAAAUCUACUCUUUUACUCAGCCGAAACUCUUUCAUUCUUCAGACACAAGAAAGAAGUUACAGGACUACCUACUAAAUAUGCUCUGCUGGGGAAAGAUGUCAACUUUGUGGCCGACAUCAAAACAGCCUCAGAUGACAUUAUGUGGAGGCAUAAUGGGAACAAAGUGGUGGAGUUUAACGGCCAAAUGCAGCAGCAGUACGACUCUUUUAAAGGAAGGGCCAUUCUUGAUAGGCAUUCUGCAGAUCUGAACAUCACCAACCUCCGAUAUGAAGACAGUGGACGUUAUGACUUGAAAAUAUACAUCAACAACAUAAUGAAAAGCUUAGAAUUUGACCUGGAAGUUAUUGACAGCAUUGCCAAGCCCAACAUAUCCUGUGAGAUGAACGAUGGAGGCAGCUCAGGUAAAACUGGAGGCGGAGCCACGCUGAUGUGUUCUGCCGAGUCCAAACAAUCUCAGUCCUUACUGGAGUUUGAGUGGAACUCAGAUGGUAACAAGCAGGUUGGGCCAAAGCUGAUAAUCCCUCUUGGAGACGUUCACGACAAGCAAGUGUACAACUGCACUGUUAGCAACCCCCUCACUACAGAAUCUGCUACUUUCAUUGCUAAGGAGUGCUACUCCGAUAAAAGUAUUUCAACUCCAGUGAUUAUUGGUAUUUGUGUUGGAUCUUUUCUGAUUUUGGUCAUUUUUGUGGUCAUCUACAAGUUCUACAAAGGGAAAUGUGGACGUGUGACAAAAAGUGAUGUUGAAAGCCAAUCAGAUCAGGACAAAACAGCUGGUUCAGAUGAAGAUCGUGAGGAAAAGCAGGGUCUCAUAGACCGAGCUCCCACGAUGCCGUCACACCAGCCUCUUCGUUAUUUAAACCAAAAGCCGACUCACAAUGACUCAGAGAAAACCAUACAAGACCUGAGAACUCCAUUGAACUCCAAAAAGCAUCCCCCAGGACAUCUAGAGGACAAGAGAAAGUCAACAGCUCCUCCUGUGGCUGAAACGUCAGGGCUUGUUGGGGAACUUUCUAGAAGACUCACAGCAAAAAAUUUUUUACUGAAACCCUCAGCGGCUGUGGAGAGAAAAGCCCCUGAACCCGCAGCAUCUGCAGAGGCUGAUGUUACCUUACCUGGUUGUGACAAACAAAGUUCAGAGGUGAAAAGGAUCGAAUCAUCUGCUUCCUCUUCAUCUGGAAAAUGUCAUGACCUCCCAACAAAUGAACAAGCUGAUGAAAACAAGUCUGGAGAAACUGGGAACAAAGAUCCAGAGCCUGAUCCUGCACACUCUAAGACAAGUGAUAAUGGUUUAGAGGAGAACGGAGCCAAGAGAAAGUCAAUGUUUUCUCCUGUGGCAGAAAAGUCAGAGCAUGUUGGGGAAGCUUCUAGAAAAUUUACAAACAAAGAAAAUGAAAUGAAGCUGAGAGCAGCUGUGCAGAGAGAAGUCUCCGAGUCUGAACCUGCAGCGUCAGAGGAUGAUGUUAACUUACCUGAUUGUGACAAACAAAGUCACAAGGACAGCAUAAGUUCAUUUCCAUGCUGUUCACCUGAAAACCUUACUCCCACUCCCGAUCUCCAAACAACAGAACAGGCUGUAGAAACUGGGAGAAACACAGAUGAAGAGCUUGAUCCUGCAGACUAUAUGAAGACAGACGAUAAUGAGAAAAGAGCCAAAAGAAAUUCAAUAUCUCUCCUUGAAGAUUUCAAAGGACUCACAGAAGAAGAAAAUGUAGAGAAGUUCUCAGCAGAUGAGUCUGAACCUGCAGCUUCUAAGAUGGCUGUUUCUUACCAACAUGGUUCAGAAGAGAAGAGGAUCGAAUCAUCUGCUUCCUCUUCAUCUGGAAAAUGUCAUGACCUCCCAACAAAUGAACAAGCUGAUGAAAACGAGUCUGGAGAAACUGGGAACAAAGAUCCAGAGCCUGAUCCUGCACACUCUGACAAGUGAUAAUGGUUUAGAGGAGAACGGAGCCAAGAGAAAGUCAAUGUUUUCUCCUGUGGCAGAAAAGUCAGAGCAUGUUGGGGAAGCUUCUAGAAAAUGUACAAACAAAGAAAAUGAAAUGAAGCUGACAGCAGGUGUGCAGAGAGAAGUCUCCGAUUCUGAACCUGCAGCAUCAGAGGAUGAUGUUAACUUACCUGAUUGUGACAAAGUCCGAAUCACAUCUUCCUGGAGGGUGAAGGGGAUUUAGAAGGGGACAAGCAGAGAAAAAAGUUCUCAAAAACAAUUUGAAAGACGACUGUAAUAUCUGCCCCAUGACUGGAUGGUUUCAAUGGGUCAUGGCCAGAGUAUUGAAGUAUGAAGGAUAGCUUGUCAGGCUAAUGCUAAUUGUAGAGAUUAAACAUCAACAAUGCAAAGCAAGAAGAGUCAAAUGGCUGUUGACUAUUUAGAGGUGAGAAUAUCAGGAAAUAACAACAAGUAAGACUUUAAAUCCCAAAUUCUUCUGCCCCACCCCUCUCUCCCACGACUCUCCAACCCUCCUUCCUGAAGCAGGAGCGCAAGAGCUUUUUAUCCACAGUUCAACUUGCAAAACGUUCAUUUCUGCUAGAGACCAUCUGCAAAUGUGUUCAAAAGAAGAGCAAACUUGGUCUUUGAGUUCUUUUUUUUUCCAGUUCAUGAGGAUUGUUUUCUUGGCCAUGAUUAGAGGAACAUGAGAUAACUCACUCCCAUAUUAAUGUUUGUGACAGGUGUGGACUCGAGUCAUAUGACUUGGACUUGAGUCAGACUCAAGUCAUUAUUUUAAUGACUUCUGACUUAACUUGAUUAAAUCUAUAAAGACUUAUGACUUGAAUCGGACUUUAACACCAAUGACUUACAGCUUGAAUCAACUUGCAUCUGUUGACUUGAUGAUGACUUGAGCAUAUUUGAUUAUUUAGCAUAAAAGUGGCCCGACAUGGACAAAAAUCACAAAUCAUUCUUGGUUCUGGGUGUGAUCUUGUACCGCUAAAUGCAGCAGCACUUUGUUUAGAAUCAGUUUCAGUUGUACUUUCUGCUUGUUUGAGCAAAUAAAUGAAGCUUUAAGAAGUUUUAAUUCUGGAAUUUAUUUAUUAUAAAUGUCAUUAAAUUGAAGCUGGACAGAUGACUUGAUUAUGACUUGAAAAUUCAAAGUUAAGGACUGGACUUGACUUGGACUUCCACUUCAUUCACUUUGGACUCCACAUGGACUUGGUUGUCUUUGACUUGGACUUGACUCGAGACUUGACUGGAAAGACUUGUGACUUACUUCCAUCCAUCCAUUGUCUGAACCCGCUUUGUCCACGUAGGGUCGUGGGGGGGCGGUGCCUAUCUCCAGCGGUCAAUGGGCAAUCAGGCGGUGUACACCCUAGACAGAGAGCCAGUCCAUCACAUCUGUGACUUACUUCUGAUCUGGAAAGCAGUGACUUGGUCACACCUCUGGUUGGUGACGUCACAAACCUGGCAGAGGAGAUGGAGGGUAGUCCAGUUUGGGCCUGACGUUAUUUCCUCACAUUUUCUCUGCCAUAAUGUUUUCAUCACCAAUCGUACCGGGCCAGACUGAAAAAGUCAGCGGCUGUCGGUCACUGAUUGGCUAGAGGGUGGAAUCACUGGUUGCUCCGGUUUUGUCAGCCUGCUGCCCAUUCAACAUCACUACCAAGUUGUGCUUUUGAGUGACGUACUGUUCACCUUGUGCAUUCUUUCUUAACAUUUUUAUUUUGAUUUUUUUCUGUAUUCUAGGUUACAAGGACAGCAUAAGUUCCUUUCCAUGCUCUCCACCUGAAAAGCAGUUUCUUUUAAUUUAUUCAUGACAUGUUUUUUUUAUUUCCCUUAUCAAAAAAGAAAAACACUGAACCAGAAGUGGCUCUGGGUAACAUUUCUCAGUUUUGACAAGUUCAACUAUAUUUAUACAAGCACAGGUCACAACCAGGAAGGAAAACUGAAUCUGAUUAACUUAAAUGCACACUGUUAACUUUGUUUGGAAAUACAUUUUUUGUGUUGCUCUCUCCAAAACCUCCAUACAGUUAGAAUUUAUUUUAAGCCUGAGAUGUUUUACUUUCUG